CGUCGGCAUUACCUGUAGUUGUUCAGGAAUGGCUGCCUUCAGCGAUGUCGGGGCAGUUUGUUCAGUGCCGUCAUGUGGUCAACAGGAUUUCUUGCCCACGACAUGCUUCGCCUGCAAACGCCCAUUCUGCAAGGACCACUACCGUGCAGAGCUGCACGGCUGUGAAGCGUCGAGCGAGUCGGUGCUGCUGGAGGUCCCGAGCCCGAAACGCACGAGCGGCGCGUCGUGUGCUGCGCCAGGGUGCAAGGAGCAAAUCAGCGUGCACAACGGCCUGCAGUGUGCAAGGUGUGGCCAGGUGGUAUGUGUGCAUCACCGCUUCGAAGACCAACACCCAUGCGUGGACUUAGAGGCUGCGGUGAAGAAAGCUUUGGCGGAGGCACAGUCGAGCUUGAGGCCAGAGGAAUUUUCCGAAGCUGUUCGCACGUUAACAAAAAUUUUCGACAAUAUUCUGUCCCAGCCCAAGAAUGCGAAGUUCCGGAGCUUGAGAAAGGAAAACGCCGUGGUCAAGGAGAAGCUGAAACACCCCUCCUGUUUGGCAUCACUGCGACUAUGUGGCUUUGUUGAGGAUGCUGAUGUUUUUGUUUGCCCCGACUCCGUGGAUUUAAGCACGAUGCGCCGGGUUUGCACACAGCUCAAGGCUGUGCCUCUCUCUGAGGGUGUGCGGCUCGUGGAUGGAGUCAUCGUGCGACCACCCAAGGUGGAAGCACAGGGAGCUCCAGUGCAAAGCCGAGGCUACUCCGACAUAUCUUCAAGGUCCGCUCCUGCUGGUGGAGGAAAGCAGCGCCCAACAAAGUCUGCCUUUGAUUUCCAGCGUCGGGAGCGCAACACACAGCAGGCACAGAUGGAUGACCUCCAGGAACUGAGGCGUCAGCGAAAGGAGCAGUACCAAGCGGGCCCGAAAUCAGAAGGAGGCCGUGGGCCCGCAGUGCCAAGGCCGCAGGCGCCGGCGCCGAGCUCGGCGCCGCAGCCCUCGUCAGCUGAUGGAUGCUGCCUCCAGUGAACAGUGAGUCCUUAAGAUCAAAAAGGUGCUGAGCAGACGGGGAGAAGG